UUGAUGCUGGAAAUCUCUUAAAGUUCCUUGCUUGAAUCCCAUUAUGGUAAAGGAAUUCACUUUUCAAUUAUUGUUUUUUAUUAUUAUAUGUGUUUAUUGCUUUGUGUUUUUUAAGAUUUGUAAAUGUUUAUCAAAUUGACGCUGCUUAGGUUAGUCUCAGUAGUCACUGAUCACGUUGCUUAAACUUGGAGAUUAAUUUGUAUCCGAUACGGGUGUGUGUUGUGUUCGACAAGCAUAUCCAUGUCGGACUUCGUUAUUUUCCGACAUUUUACUUUGAUUUGAAAUGUCCAAGUGGUGGUGCCCGUGUUCGAGUAUCUAGUAUCUUGCACAGGUGCUCCACGGUAAAGUGAGUAGCUUGAGUAAUACACAGAACAUUAGGUGGGUUGGUUGUUGAAGGCAAGCUCGAGUAUUUGGUUGUUUGAGACCAUGUGGUCGGAAAACAAACCUUGGCUGGUCUGCUCUUCGGUAUGGAUGAGUUUAUUGGAACUUUAAUGAGAGUAUUUAAUUGUGUAUUUGGAAGUUUUGAUAUAUUCGUUUAACUCUGAAUGUUUUUAAAACCGCCUUUUGUUUUUAAUCUUGAUCAUAAAAAAUGAAACAUGAGUAAACAGUUAUACAGAAAUGCUAGACCAUGUUUUACUUUCAGAGAACAUGUUGCAGGGACUUGGGACAUCUGUAUCUAAUACAAGUUCAUGUUCGAUGUGCAUACUUGUGUCGGAAUCAGUUGCUAUACAGAACUUCGUUAAACUUUUUCGUUUAUAUUAAGUGUUUAGUGUCAUAACCCAUGCCUAGUUAUUUGACACGGGUGUUCUUGGGGGUAAAGAAAGAGCCAGAGUAUUUUAUGCAACAUUGGGUGGCUUGUUGAUACCAAAGCUCUCUUUCUCUGUCUCACAAGUGAGAACGGGCUGAGUUUUUUGAAGACAUUGUUAGAGGCAUUUUACCAGGGAAUUGGAGGUUUUGAUAUGGUCAACAUAUGAAUGUCUUGCCAAAUGGGUUUCUGACCAGUAUCUUAACAUGUCUUGUUUGAUUUGGUCCUCAUAUUCAAAUGCUCAACAUUUUUCAUAACACUGAGGAAGGCUGAGCUUAAGUGCAAUCUUGUUGUGAUGUUUUAUUUCUUUCAUGAUGCAUAAUGGGAUGAUGGUUUUCUGGGUGUGAUAAUUGGAUGCAGGAUCCUAAUUUUUUAAUUGAUGAGAAGGCUGAAAGUAGAGUUUAUAUCGGUAACCUUGACUUGAGAAUAACAGAGGCUGCUCUGAUUAAGAUGUUUACUCCCUAUGGCAAGAUUUUAUCUGAAGAAUUUCUAUGGCAUACUCGUGGACCAAAACGUGGAGAGCCAAGGGGCUUUGCUUUUAUCCAGUUUAGCACUAAAGAGGAAGCUAAACUGGCCAAGGAGAAGAUGCAUGGGAGGUUAGCUUGUGGCCGCCCUUUGGUUGUUCGUCUUGCCAGCGAGAAAUACGUGGAUGAAGCAGCACAGGAUUCUUCCACAGCACUUGGUGAGGCAAAGAAAGCUGGCCUUACUGGUAGCACUUUAGGGCAGACAAGUCGUAGUGCCAAGAUAGCUGCAAUAAAGAACAAAUUGAGAGCCUUGGAAGAAGGGGGCCCUAGUGUGAAGAAGCAGAAGCAAGCUGACAGUGACUCUUGUAAGGAUAGUCUUGACCACUCACAAGACAAGGGAUAGGUGCUGAAGAGAACUUUGAAAACUAAAGGGUUUCAAAACCCAUUUACUGUUUCUUGGAAUAUACUCAGUAUGGUUUUAGCCUUAGGAUUAUUUUGAUACAUAACAUCAUGGGAACAUCAUCUGCUGUGGGUUUCAAUUGCUUGAGUUUUGUGCAUUACCUUCUGGCUUGGUUACUCGUAUCAAAAUUGUGCUGCUAACAUUUCUAGGACUAUGAAAGUUGAUUUUAUCAUAUAGAUUCUCAUACCCCUUUGAAAUGAAAAUCAGGAUGCUUUGACAAA